UAUAAUAAAAUUUACAGUAGCCUAACCUACUGAUUGUCUUACAAAAUCUGAGAAAUAUUACGGAAAAUGGUGGUUAUUGCAAUGAUCAGACAUACUAGUUUAAUCAGUAGGUGUGUAAAGAACGUGCAAAAUGAUAAUAUACGUUGUCUCAGUUUUAAAAGCUUGAGGAAACUUAUUUCUAUCCGCUACCGAAAAUCAGUACCAACCACUCCGACCGUGAAAGCUCCUUACGAUGACAUUUGUCAGAUUGGCGAUCCUGUUUUGCGCAAAAAGGCGGAAUUAGUAGAUCCGAAAAUCAUCGAGACAGAGGAAUUUCAAAAGACUGUCGAUCGUUUGUAUAAAGUAAUGAAAGCGUAUGGAGCAGUGGGAUUAGCAGCUCCGCAGAUCGGUUUAUCUUUGCAACUAUUCGCGAUGGAAAUAACAGAAGAAUCUCUUAGCGAUAUACACCCGUACAUACGUGAAACUUGCAAAAUGGAAAGUCAUCCGUUGACGUACUUCGUUAAUCCAACAAUGGAAAUAGUGAACCCAGAAAUAAUUUCGAGUCCAGAGACGUGCGGUAGUCUUCGUUGUUAUUACGCGGAAGUGCCGAGGGCUACGGAAGUUCGGAUCAAAGCACUGAAUCGAUUUGGAGAGCCGUUUACUUGGAGCGCGAAGUAUUGGACAGCGAGGGUUGCUCAGCACGAAAUGGAUCAUUUGCAAGGUCUAAUGUAUACUGAUAGAAUGUAUCCAUUUUCUUUUGAAUAUUUUGUACCAACAGAUAUGCAUAAAGAUGAUAAAGAUGUUGCUGCACAUUAGAUAUUAUUAGAAUAGUUAAUAUGUCAAUAUUUAAUAAUAUACGUGAUAUUAUACGAGUUGGAUUCUAUUUGCUCCACCUUAGAAAUAUAUUAGUCCAAUCUAACUUUUAUUUAUUCGAAAUAGAAUAUUGAACAUGAAACAUAGGGAUACCAAAUAAAAAUGUGUUAGGAAAUUUGAUAAAAGGAUGAUUUUCAUUUAUAUUUAAAUUCUUCAUUCAUUUCUUGACCAUAUUCGUUAAGGGAGGUUUGAAUUAGUGUAUUCGUAUAAAACAGAUGAAAAUUAGAUUACAGAUUUAUUUCCUCUCUUCGUUUUCAUAAUGUUUGCUCAUUUUGGCAGUACAGUUAAAUUUAGAAAGCAAACCAAAGCAAUGGCCUCUUACAUUAACAUAUUUUCACAUAUUUUUUUUGUACAUAUCGAACAAUAUAUUAUCUUUUACUUUUUUUUCA